CCUUGUUUCCAUCACAAAGGUCGAUGCGAAGACGGGUCUGGUGGCUUCCUGGCAAUAUAUGAACCCCUUCGAUGUCAAUAAAGUCAAGGAAAUGGCAAAAAAGGCUCUGGAUGAGGGGUUCUCCUUCGUGUUUCUCCGUUGCAAUGGGUUUCAACAAGUGCUGAUGUUCCCACCUAAGCGAAUACAGCCAACAGUCCCUUUGAAAAAGAGAAUUAAUAUUAAUAUAGUCGUGGUUGACUCUGUUGCAAGGACGCACUUUUUCCGGGCGAUGAAGAGAUCUGUGUCUGCCAUGCGGGAGAUUAUUUAUGACGACACCAUUCCGGCAACUGUACUGGACUUUGAGUUUUUCCACGGAAUCAGCAUGCACACCUUUGAUAACAUCCGACCGCUGUUUUCAAGCAACAGAAGCAGCGAGUCGCCAGACUUCAAAUGUGACGUCACAGUAUGCGGGGGGUCCCUUGUUUCCAUCACAAAUACAUCAUAAGGC